AUGCGAGAUGUUGAAAAGAUGGUUGGCUCAAGAACGAUAUCGGAACCACAUAUCUCUUCUUUUGGCUCUCCCCUACGUACACCGCAAAGUAACCCUUUGGAACAUCAGCAGACUUUGAGGUUGCAAACAAUGAUUGCAAAGAAAAAGAUCUUCCUGUUUCUUAAAGAUGUGAGAAGUUCUUGUGCGGACACUGAAGGAACAAACCCUUGUGAAGUGCAUAUGAUGGUGGUUUUGACUCCUUCACUGAUCUAUUUAAACAUCCAGAAACGGAACCAACUCUUCACAUCACCAAGUGGUAAAGCAAUCCAAAAGCUUGACUCUCAACAUUAA